CUGAUGGACUGACUGACUGAUUGUGUAGAUUGUAAAUAAAAAAUAGUUCUCGAUAAAUGUUGUCGUCUAUAGGCUCUCAGUUUGCUCGAAAGCUUCGUAGAAUAAUGUCGUGACAGAAUUUCAAAAGAAGAACACAAAAAAAAACACAGUGAAGUGAAAAAGCCCGUUCACAACAGAUUUUUUCACCAUAAUGAAUUCACAGCAAAACAAGAUUGAAUGAACAAUUUAAUAAUAGUACGAAAAAAAGUCUAAAAAAUUAAAACAACAAAUUCACAAUAUAUAACAAUAUAAAAAUUCUAAUGUAUUAUUACAGAAUUAUACGUGCGUUAUAAACAACAAACUUAAAAGAAAAAUAAAUACUUUCGGAAAAGUUUUUGUUUUUUUAAUUUAACAAAGUGCCAAAAUUUAAAAAGUCGAUAAAAAACAUCUUGUUGCUGCUUUAAAUGAUCUCCAUUGAUGAAAUUCCCACUCAAUCAUUGUGUUCCUUUUUGAACUGAUGAGUUCAAAUAAAAAAAUAACGAAAAAACAAAAAAUAGUAUAUAAAAAAAGAAAUAAGUGAAUUUUAUUUAUUGAUAUUGAAUCGGCUCGAAUUGUAUUAAAACGAAUUGGCAUUUUAAUAAUGAGUGUAGUAGUAGACAUUUAUGUGCGUGUGUGAGUUUUAAUUGGAUAUCUUGAUUAUAGCAUGUCAAAUGAUGAAUACAAAACAUCUUUGCUGAAUUAUAAUCGCUUUUAUUUUGGUCAACCCACAACAAACAACAACAUCAACUAUUGCAGCAACAAUUACACCAAUAACAACAUAUAUCAAACAGUAUUUCCAGUAAAACAAAGUGAUAAAAACUCGAUAGCAUCAAUAAUAACUCCCUCAUCCCAAAAACCUACACACCAAGCGGAUGAUGUUAAUGACAACAACAACAGUAACACAGAUAAACGUGUUAUAGGUUCCCAAUUUGUGCCUAUGAAUCUAAUAACAAAUACGGGUUUGGAUUUAAGUCAUUCCAUAAGAAAACCAACAUUUACAACUUAUUACAACAACGAAUCAUUAGCUCAUAACAACAGCAACAAUUCAUAUGUCUCAUCGCCCUCAUCGUCCACCUCAACAUCAAUAGACGUAGAAAACGACGAUAACGACGAUUGUGGUGAACGGAUUAUGUCCCCCGUAAGCAUUCCAUCCCAUCAGCAAAAACCUCUUCUUAACGAUACUCGCAAUCCCAGCCAAAGUGCCUUUACAAAUAUGGAAUUAACAGCGGGCUCAAUACCCUCCGGAUUUCCGCUUAACUACCAGCAACUUUAUGCCAAUAAUGCUGCUCUCUAUGGAACUCCAGUUAUGUUUUCUGGUGCCAUACAUGCUGCUCAUGCUUCUUAUAUGGCAGGGCUACCUUUACAUGCGGCUUUAUCGCCGAAUGAAACCUAUUUGAAAGCCAUACAAGCCGCUGCCUGUGGCAUAUAUAGUCCUACAGCUUUAGUGCCACCACCACCUCCUCCCUCUGCCUCAUCUGCAACUGCUCUCAAUACUUCAUUGAUUUCCGGUAAACCCUCAUCACUGCACAAUCCCACAGCUUCUUCAAUGAUGGCGCUGGCGCCUUCCUCACAACCUAUGGGAAUUUCCAAAUCACCUCAACAACAUCAUCAUCAUCAGCAGCAGCAAUAUUCGCCCAAUAUUGCAAGUAGUUGCAUAGCGGAAGUUGAACAACAGAAAAAGGAUUAUCAUGUACCGCCAUUAAAUUCACAAACAUCGUUGAGAUUAAAUGCUAGUGGCAGUGGUAGCAGCAAUAACAAUAACAGUACAGGUACCUACCUAAAUGAUAAAGUGAAUGAACGUUUGACAAGUGUUGAUGCCUCAAAAGAUUCGCAUUUCAAAGUGCCAAAUGGCAAAGAAGGAUCGCUGAAACAUCGUAUUUUACGACCACCUAGUAAUAGUGAAUGUGCGACAGAACCAGCUAAAACUCCUGUCAUGAGAACUUAUAGCAGCACCACAAACUUCAAGAAAGGAAACUAUAUUGAAUUAGCUAAUGGAGCUUUACGCAGGGUUGAAGAUAUGCGUACCGAAGAUUUCAUACAAUGUGCGGAACGUAGUCCACAUCAUCAGUUGGCCGAGUCUACUGUAGUUAAAAUCAAUACUAGUCUGCCCACAACGGCUGUGAUAACAUUUAGUUAUGAUAGAAACCGAUCAAAGGUUGAUAUGGAAGUAUCUUUGGAUCACCCAUUCUUUGUGUAUGGUCAAGGUUGGGCAUCAUGCAAUCCCGAAAUGUCGAUGAAAAUGUUUGGCCUUAAAUGUCAACGUUUACAAGUCGGUGAUAUUUGUAUAUCGCUAACAAAGCGAGAACAGCCACGACAAUCCACACCACCUGUAUCGCAUACGACUCAAAAUAGUUCAUUAACUCAAUUAAAUGAGGCCUUGAAUUAUCAAAGAAGACACGCACUGACUGUGUCCAGCCCAAAUGCAGCUAAUAUUAAGUCACCCUCGUUGCCCACCAUGAGUGCAACAACAGAAAUGCCUUAUGCUGCCUCAAUGAAUGCUCAUGCUUUCUCAAUAUCAGUACCACAGGCAAAUCAUCAUCUGCAACAACAACAACAGCAACAUCAUCACCAUCAAGUACAACAACAGGCUUAUGCCGAAAUGGCCAAGUUAAUGUCUUCCUAUGCCUACGCUAAGGGAUUGCCACAACUGCCUCACGAACAACUUAAAGAAGUUGUUAUGGAUGCUGCUUUAAUGCAAAAUUUAUCACCAAAAAUGAUGUCGGCUUUUUAUCAAAAUCAAAUUUUUCAAUUAGCUCAGCAACAACAACAACAACAGCAGCAGCAACAAGAACACUUGAGACAAACAGAACUGAAAAAUAAUCAACAAAGAGUGGUAGCAAAUGCUCAUUACAAUGUGUCUACUAACCUAAACAGUAGUCAUAGUCCCCAACCCACCGAUUUGGAGAAUAACCUUAGUCAACAACAACAACAGCCACCCCAAACUCAACCUUUGGAUGUUACCAUGUCUCGCAAAAGACGCUGGUCUGCUCCUGAAAAUAUGUUCGAUGAUGAUGAGUCAGAUACUCAGCCACCUCGCAAUGGAUCAUCGCCUGCCACUGCCAGAUCGUAAAAUGAAAUUGGAGAGAUAGAACCGAUCUUCGGAUGGGAAAAAUCUAUGAAUUAAUUGAAGCAAACAAACAAACCAACCAAGCAACCCCAUUUAUAAAAUGAUCUCAAAUAAUUGUAAACAAAUGCUAUGACAAUGGAUGGAUUAUUGUCCAGUACUUUUUUGAUCGAUUUUUAUUUUAUAACUAUUAUUAUUAUUUUUAUUUUUAAUUACGAGUUACUUGUUAAUAGUGGAUGACUGCAAAAGAUGUCGCAAAAGAUAAGUUUAAAACUUUACUCAGCACAAGACGAAAUGAAAGGAGAAUUAUUAAAUAUAAAUGUAUGACUUUGUUAAGGGUUUUUUUUUUCUUUUAAAAUCAACCAAAUAUCGUAACUAAAAACUCUGGGUGAAGAGUCUACUACAUACAUAUAAAUUUUGAAAAUAAUAGAAAAAAGUACUAUAUGAAACUAGACUGCAAAUGUAUAGAAUAUAUUACAUGUAGAAAAAAAACAACAACAACAACAACAAAACAGCCAUAUAAACAAUAACAAUUUUAUUCUUAAGCUUAGUUUAAAAAUAUAACAAAACAAAAACCACAAUAAAACUAAAUAUUAUUUUAGUCAU